AACAAAGAGCGCAGGUAAUUGACGGGCGAUGGAGGGAUGCGCGCUGGAUAAUAGUAGUGCGUCUGUCUGUGUGACCCGUUACAAGCGCUCUUUCCCUCAACCUCUACAAGGCCACUGAACCGGGAAGGGGGGCUGACAGACACCGAGCGUUUAUUCGAGGGCGUGCCGCAGCUUGUCCGGUGUCCUCACCCACCUCCUCAGUUGCAACUGUGGUCACUACUCGGAUCUAAACGACCCGCAGACAGAGCCCCGCGCACUGGAAAUAUGCGCCCGUGUUGUUUUUUAUUCUAAAUGGAUAUUGACGUCAAGAUGCUGCUUUUCACGCUGCUAACUUUUUUCAGUCCGAGUAUUCUUGCUCAGUUUGAUGAUUCUGACCUUGAAGAUGAUAAUUUGUCAGAUUUGACAGACUUUGAUUUGGAUUUAGCUCCACGCAGAGUCCCUCGACAGGUGAAAGCCAUGCUUACUAAGGAGUCCAAACCGCACAUCCAGGAGCUAUCAAUAAAAACCACAAUAAUCUCUCGAUACGCCUUUACGGCCGUGUCCUGCACCUUGCUCAACCGACACUCCGCUGCCGCGGAGGGCGUAUUCCAGUUCCAGAUCCCCGCUGCUGCCUACAUAUCCAACUUCACCAUGAUAAUUGGGGGCCGUAUCUACGCCAGUGAUGUCAGACCCAAGGAGAAGAAGGUCAAACAGGAGAAGGGCGGAGAGGCCAAGCCACCGAACAAGGGGGAGGGAGACCAGGGUUCAGAGGCCGAGAUGGAGCUGUUCCGGAUGGCGGCCAGUAUCCCGGGGCGUAACCUUGCGGUCUUCCUGCUGACCUAUGAGGAGCUGCUCCAGAGGAGGCUGGGCCAGUACGAGCAUGUGACCAGCCUUAGGCCCCUGCAGCUGGUCAGCCGUCUGAGCGUGGACAUUACGGUGGUGGAGCACUCCUCCAUCACAUACCUGGAGGUGCUGCCCUUACGCAACGGCAAGGCCAGCGGGGCUGCGGCCAAGGGGGCUAGCGCUAAUGCUAAGACGCAGGGCAACACAGGAAAUCCCACACCCCCUGUUACCACGGCGAUCAAACAGAACAAGAACGUCUGCAAGAUCACCUUCAACCCAAACAUUGUGCAGCAGGCCCAGAUCACCACCAGCGGCAUUCUGGGAGACUUUGUAGUGCGCUAUGAUGUGGAGCGGGAGAUGGGGAUAGGAGACAUACAGGUUCUCAACGGCCAUUUCGUCCACUAUUUUGCGCCCAAAGACCUGCCGGCGGUCCCUAAGAAUGUGGUGUUUGUCAUCGACACCAGCGCCUCCAUGCUCGGCACUAAGAUGAGACAGACUAAAGAGGCCCUGUUUACCAUCCUGAGGGACCUGCGUCCAGGUGACCACUUUAACUUUGUCAGCUUCUCCAACCGCAUCAAGAUGUGGAAGCCCAAAUCCCUCGUUCCCGUCACGCCCCUUAACGUCAGAGACGCCAAGAAGUUCAUUUACAUGCUCACACCUACUGGAGGCACGGAUAUCAACGGCGCCAUGCAGACGGGCUCCUCGUUGCUAAGCGACUACCUGUCCACGUCGGAGGGUGGUCAGAACAGCGUGUCGCUGAUCAUCUUCCUGACGGACGGCCGUCCCACGGUGGGCGUGCUGGAGUCGCCCCUCAUCCUGGGGAACACGCGCGCUGCCGUGAGGGAGAGCUCCUGCGUGUUCACCAUCGGCCUGGGGAACGACCUGGACUUCCGUCUGCUGGAGCGCAUGGCCCUGGAGAACUGUGGCAUGAGCAGGCGCAUUCACGAGGACGCCGACGCCAGCGCUAUGCUCAAAGGGUUCUACGAUGAGAUAGGCACCCCUCUGCUGUCCGACAUCAGGAUCAACUACCCCGAGGACUCUGUGCAGUACGUCACACAACACCUCUUCAGCAACUACUUCAACGGCUCCGAAAUCGUCAUCGCCGGCAAACUCACCAAUCAGAGCGCAGGAUCCCUCCACGUUCAGGUCACGGCCAGCAGCAGCGACAAGAGCAUCAUCCUGGAGACCGACGUGCCGCUACGGCAACGGGAGGUGGAGACGGAGAGGCACGUGAAGACGGCGGCGGAGGUGGGGGUGAAGGCGGGGGCGGCGGGGCUGACUGACAGCGUGGGGUCACUGGCGAAGGACUUUGUGGAGCGUGUGUGGGGUUUCCUGAGUGUGAAGGAGGGGCUGCGCGAGCGACUGCGGAGUCACACCAGCGCAGAGAGGGAGGGGCACACCCAGCAGGCCACUAACCUGUCGGUGGCGUACCACUUCCUGACUCCCCUCACCAGCCUGGUGGUGGAGAAACCUCAGGUCCUCCCUGAUGGCACCAUGGCUGGCCCAGACCCCACUCCCACCCCCGGCCCCAUCCCAGACACUGACAAGGCCUCCUCGGCCAAUGAGCUGUCAGAGGACUCAGAGGUAGACACGCCCCAGAGCCUCCACAGGAAUGAGAACCAGUCUGGCCGAAAGACUUCCGGUGUUGCCAAGACGACGGGUCAAGUCCAGAAGAAGCCAGUCAAAAAAUCCAUUACACUCUCCAGAACAUCAGCGGAUGGGGACCCCCACUUUGUGGUGGAGUUCCCCCUCAGUAAACUGGCGGUGUGCUUCAACAUCAACGGAGAGCCGGGACACAUCCUCCGCCUUGUGUCUGACCACAGGCACUCUGGUGUGACGGUGAACGGUGCGCUGAUCGGAGCCCCGGCUCCAGCAGGCAGUCACAAGCAGCAGCGCACCUACUUCAGCACCAUCACAAUCGUGGUGAAGCAGCCCAGCCACGCAUACAUAGAAAUCACCCCAAAGAAGGUCAUCCUGGACGGACGGGACCGCAUGAUCCUGCCCUGCGACACCACCGUCUCGGUGGAGAGCGGUGGGCUGGCGGUGGCCAUCAUGGGGAAAUCCAACGUGACAGUGACCAUAGGGGGAACCAUCAGUUUUGUCAUUCUGGUGCACCAGUAUAAGAACCCAGCACCCUACCAGAGAGACCAUCUGGGCUUCUACAUCUCCCAGAGCAAGGGCUUGUCUCCCAGCUGCCACGGACUGCUAGGUCAGUUCCUAUUUGAGGACGUGAGCCUGGCAGAGCUUCCUGUCAAUGGCACAUCGCCAGGAGACAAAGUGUCAACUGUCUUGAAGGUCAAAGGUCGCUCGGUGCCCGUGGUCCAAAAGACCAGGCGCAUCUACAGCGGGACGCAGAGCGUGGACUGCUGGUUCGCCAGAAACAACGCCGCCAAGCUUGUUGAUGGCGAGUACGAGAACUAUGUGGUGUCACAUCUGUUUGACACCGGGGACUGGCCCCACGGGGACAACAGAGCCUGAAGUCUCAGCCAAUUAGGAUCAUGGAAAUGGACCUGUCCCACAAACAUGAACUGCAGCACUGCCUUGACAUCCCCCUUCUUGACCACAGCUUCAUUAGACUAUCGUCUUUAAAUCCCACCCCUUUACUCCAAACAUCUCCUUGUCUCAUGCACGACCACCUUUCUAGCAAGCCAGCCAUCUGCUUUUCUCAAGUACACUUUAAUCAAAUCUCCAUCAUCAAUACUGUUGAAUAUAUUUUUUUACUAUUUCUAAUCUAUGUAAUAAGGACUUUGAUGUGUAUCAUUUUAUACUCAAUGUGUACUUAUAAAUAACAUUUUGCAUGUUGUAAAUAUAACCAAGCAGGCAACACCUGCUUAUGAUACAGACACAAACCGUGUUGUCAAAUGCAGCUCAAUGGAGUUUUCCUAAGGUGUCACAUUAGCAAAAGCCUUAUCCAAAUACCACAAGUUUCCCGAUAUUCUGUAACAAGCCGUCUGUACUCCCUCAUAGAACAAACAUGUAAACCAUGUUGGAGCUCAUGAAAGUGGAGACACUGCUCAGGAUCACACCUGGUCAGACCCGAUCCCACCCCUGUAACUAACCCUCUCCUCCGUCCCACCACCAAUAACUGGCCUCUUCCAGGCCUCCCCAGCCCUAUACCUGCCUCCCCCUCCCCACUCCCCUGUCAUCAGCUGGGGGUCACAGGGCUUCUGGCCCCGCCUCCACAGGUGUGCUGCUGGCCUCCCUGCUCAGGUGUCUGUCAGCACCCUGAGAGGCCAGGCCACCACAGGAUUUCACCUCUCCACCCUUGUUCAUGUAUCAACAGCUUUAUUUGUAGUAUAAAGAAAUGACAAUCAUAUCAAUGUUAUAAUAACAAAAUGGUCCAAAGAUGGCAGCUAUAAUGUUCUCAUAUUAUCGCACGAAAGUUCUCAUAUUUCAUUCACAACUCAUGAUUCUGUUUGUACAAACGUGAUAAACUGGAAUAAUACAAAAUGUUUAAAAAAAAAAUACAAAAAGAUUGAAACAGAUUAGCUAGAAGUCACCAAGUGUAAACAUUGUGUAGUGGUACUGGUCCUCACAUGAAUGGUUCUAAAUCCAAACAGAAAACCUAACAGAAAUAAAUGGACCAAAAUGUAACAAACACAUAACAAAGAUAGUGGUACUUAGAUUGAAGCACAAACUGUUUUAUAUUUGCAAAAAUAAAUACUUUGGGUUUUUCAGAUUAA